AUGUCUCAUGCUGAAAGAAUGUCUUGUUCCUUGUUCGUUUCUGGACUUUCCCGUCGAACAACUAUUGAAGAUCUUGAACCAGUUUUCAAAGAGUUUGGCAGACUCAAAGACGUAUAUAUACCGAAAGAUUUCUACACUAGGGAACCAAGAGGAUUUGCGUAUAUAGAAUAUUAUGACGAACGUGAUUGCGACGAAGCGUAUAGACGUGCUACUAACAUUUUAUUACAUGGUCGAGAACUUACUGUAGAAUUUGCUCGCGGAUCACGAAAAACUCCACGUGAAAUGAGAGGCAAAGACAGUAAUCGGUACUCGCCAUUUAGACGUGGAAGAUAUGCUACAUCAGACAAUUCUUACAGACCUAGAAGACAUAGUCGAAGUCUUAGUCGAAAUCGAAGUGGAUCAAGAUUAAGAUAUUAUGAUGAAGGAGAUAGAAGACGUCCUAGUAGAUAUCGAUCUCGUUCCAAGUCGCAUUCUCGUAGUCCAUUACCAGAACGUCGUAGAAGGUCAGAACAACUCAAUGGUCUUCCUAAAUCUCGAUCUCAAUCUCCUCAUGAUAUUCCUCCGCCGGUAGGGGAAAAGGAGACGACUACCUAA